GAUUUCAUUUGAGUGCUUCGGCUGGCUGGAGAAUGAGAAGAUGAAGAUGAGGAAGAAUAGGAAGAAGAUGAGGAAGAAGAGCGGGAGGCGACAUCACGUCAGUGGACAAGUGGGCAAGGACGAGUAACAUCAGGCUAGUGGGAAUCAAACUGACGACCUGAAGCUACUUUACCUUCUUUUUCUUCACAACUCAACAUGUGCGUCUCCAUGGCGACGGGUGCGUGCCUGUUGCUGAGCGCGUGUGUGUUUGCGUGCGCUGCGUCUAACGUGGACACGUCCUUCCCGCUGCUGAAGACGGGCGCAGACAGAAGCCUGUUUGGACUUUCUGUGGCCUUCCAUCCUGACCUGAAGUCCGACCAGUACCUACUAUUGGUCGGCGCACCCAGAGAGAGGGCGGAGCCUAAUGUAGCUGCCAAUUACACGGGGGGCGUGUACAGCUGCCCAAUCACUGCCAACCAAUCAGACUGCAGAAGGAUGUUGCUCAUCAAACCAGACUUGAAUGUGUCGGAGGACCUGAUUGAGGACAUGUGGCUGGGCGUGUCGCUGGCCAGUCAGGGGCGCCCCGGUGGGAGGGUCCUGGCGUGCGGCCAUCGCUUCGCGAAGGUUUACGGGGCGUCCAAACUCAGACACAUGAUCGGCCGCUGUUAUCUCCGUGGCAACGACCUGCAGUACGACGACGCCGACCUCCACUGGCAGAACCCCGACCAGGUCUGCAGUCACCUGGGGGACAUCAGCGGAGAGGUCAUGUGCAACAUGGGAAUUUCUGCCGCCAUCACUCAAAACGAGGUCAUCGUGGGCUCGCCAGGAAGUUACCAGUGGCAAGGAAACGUUCACGUGUCAUGGAUGAAUCCACAUGUUGCCUUCGAUACCAGGAGGAGCUCCUUGGACAACCUGCACCGAAGAAACAUCUACAUAGGGUAUUCAGUCAGUCAGGCUCGGGCGCUUCUCUCUCAAGACGACGACACCAUCGUAACAGGAGCUCCUAAGGACACCAAGGAAGACGCCCGUGGCUCUGUGCUGCUGGCGGUCAAACAUGGCGGCUCGCUGACCAUCGGCCAGACGCUGCGAGGAGAGCAAACAGGUUCCUACUUUGGCAACGUGGUGGUGACUUCGGACCUCGACGACGACGGGUGGAGCGACUUGCUGGUGGGCGCGCCCUUUUUCUUCCAUCGGCAGCAGGAAGUGGGCGGGGCGGUUUAUGUCUACAUGAACGCGGGAGGUCGUGUUCCCUCCAGACCUACCUUGGUUCUGAAGGGCCCCGUCGGUUCGGCCUUCGGAAUGUCGCUCGCUGCCGCCGGAGACCUGAACCAAGAUGGCUUCCAGGACUUUGCAGUCGGAGCGCCAUUCCACGGAACAGGAAGUGUGAUGAUCUUCAGCGGGAGCAGAGACGGCGUGCCAACGAAACCCAGCCAGGUGAUCACAGGGAGCAGCGUGUCUUCUCGCUUCACCACCUUUGGAUUCUCCUUGUCUGCGGGACUCGAUGUGGACGGGAACAAAUAUCCUGACCUGCUGGUCGGCUCUUUGGAUGACACUGUCGCCCUGCUCAGGUCUCGUGCUGUCAUCCACCUCAAUAAAGCCAUCAGAGUGUCUCCAAACCUUGUGGACAUAAGCAGCUGUGACUUCUGUAUUCAAGUGGAAGUGUGUUUCUCAGUCACGCCCAGCACCACCGAGACGAACCAUCAAAACAUCAACGUCCACUUCACGGUGACUGCUGAUGUCACCGGCCUCAAGCCCCGCCUCAUUUUCAAGGACAGCGGGGACGGCGGGUAUUCGGGCUCCGUGCUGGUGCAGAGACGUCGCUGCAAGACGUUGAGAGUGGGACUCGUGAGUCCAAUCCGAGACAAAGUGGAACCUCUGGUCUUCUCUCUGAACGCGUCUCUGACCCACAAGCUGCCCAAGAAACAAAACGCUGUCCAGGACUUGGGACCCUUCCCCGUGUUGAGUCACAUCCAUCGACCAAUGAGGACGCAGGUCCACAUCCAGAAGGCUUGUGGUUCUGACAACCGUUGCCACAGUAACCUGCAAAUGACGGCCCAGUUCACAGACGAGAACCACAACCCCUUGUCCACGUGGGCGGGACAGCAGGUCUGGUUCUACCACGGCACGGUCCAGAGAAUUCUCCUGCAGGUCAACGUCAGCAACGUACCGUCACCACGGCGACCGGCAGAGGACGCCCACAACGCGGUUUUGAACAUCAGCGUCCCCCCGUCACUGACCUACUCCGGAGUUCGGACUAAGGGCGGGGUCCAGGAGGUCCGGUGCUGUGCAGAAGGUUCCAUGGCCGCGUGCGAGCUGGGGAACCCGUUCAAGAGCAACCGGACGGUCCAAGUGUGGAUCAUCUUCCAGCCCUCCCAGAUCCCCUCGGGGACCUCGGACAUCCAGACGGUGCUGCAGAUGUCCACGCUCAGCCAACAAGCAGACUUGUCUCCAGUCCUGGUCUCCCUGGCGGUCAACUACUCGCUGGACAUGUCCCUGACUUUGAGCCAUCAGCCAGGCCCCGCCCCCUUCAGUGGUCAGGUGGUGGGCGAGUCAGCGAUGAGGACCACAGAGGACGUGGGGACUCUGCUCGUCUUCGCCUUGCAGGUACAUGUGGGCAGGAGGCCACUCGGUCACCUGGGUAACCUGGAGCUGGCGUUCGAUUGGCCGAGCGAGCUGUCCAACGGAAAGCGGCUACUCUACCUGACGGAGAUCACAGUGAACGGCGCCUCGGAACCUCGAUGUGUUCCGCCCGGCAACGUUAUCAACCCCCUGCGCUUGACGUUAUCAGAGGGCGUGAGGGGGCGGAGGGAGAGGCGGAGUACAGAGGAAGUGUGGACAGCAGAGAGUCCUCCUGUCAGACACCUGCAGGCCAAGAAGUCCUACGAGCUGGACUGCGUGCACGGGGCCAAGUGCGUCCAUUUUGUGUGUCCGCUGCUCCACGUCAACAACAGCGCCUCCAUCACGCUGCGUGCCCGACUGUGGAACUCCACCAUGCUGGAGCACUACACAGACGCCAGGAAGGUAGUACUUCGAGGCCGUGCCACACUCAGACUGCGUACAGAAAGCACUGACGUGAGCAUGGAGGGACCCAGCACACAGAUGGAGGUCCAUGUUUACCCAGAUCUGCAGGAGCAGGUGGACACCAGCGCACCCCUAUGGAUCAUUGUGGUGUCGGUUCUGGCUGGACUACUGCUGCUGGCUAUGAUCUGCCUGCUGCUUAGGCAGUGUGGCUUCUUUACCCGGCGGAGAGCGUGGCGUAGGGCGACGCAGCAUCAGGGUAAGCUCGUGCUCAAAGACAAGGAGACACACGUCACGCAGGGCACCAUCUUCGCAGACAACACGCCCAAACGCUGGGUGACCUGGACCGCUGCGCACUGAAACGCCGAUCGUCUCCACGGGAAAGCCUCGCCAGAACACGUUGUGUGUUUGCAUCAUGUAGUUACACCGAGAAAAAGCAGGGGGCGCUGCUGCACGAAAGAUGUGUUGUUGUUGUGCGGUGUAAGCUAGCCUACGUAUGUGGAAUAUUAUUAAAAAAUCUUUCCAGUUUGAAUUGUCGGUAGUAGACAGCAAUAUGAAAGAGUUUUAUUUGAAAUGGUCAGCGUUAAAAGUUUCAUAUCACAUUGAAGCGAACAGGACAAAAGUGUGAAAGUGAGAAGAAUGGAGAGCAAGCAUGAACCUGACAUCCAGGUGUCUACCACACAGUCAGGUCCAAGUCUUCAUCACCACACUCGUCUUCUUCAGCAGGAAACAGCGUCGCCUGAUGGACGACAUCGUCAUCUUCAUCACAAUGCUGAUAAUAAAAGGGGAACUGCAUUUGGGGGGGAAUUUCGCCUAUCAUACACAAUCCUUAUGUAAGACAAGAACAUGUUUUCUUUUUUUAUGCAUUCUAAAUCGUAAAUAAACGUUAGCAAUAGUCAGCUAACAAUGGAGUCAAUGAGAGUCGUUCUAUUCCGCCUAUAAAGCACUCUAAAAAUAUCCAAAGACCUCCAUCAACUUUUUUUGUGGCUUGUGCAGCCCUUUGAGACACUUGUGAUUCAGGGCUAUAUAAAUAAACAUUGAUUGAUUGAUUAUAUACACGCUCUAAGUAUAUAUGUAAUGUAGUCACAUUCAUAAUAACAUGUAAUAUUUAAAUAUUUUGCUCAUUUUAAGCAUAUGGUGGUGUAUUAAUUUAACUGACACAUCAAAACGUUGACUUUUCCCUUCAACAACAACAACACUACAGACUUCAUGAGACAACAAAGACUACUUUUGGACAAAUGAGGAUCCAGAAACGUAUAUUUUUUACCCAGAAUAUAAGGAUGAUGAUCUACAAGUUUUAGAAGCUUUGUGCUAAACAGAUGCAGCUUUAGUGAAACACUAAGCAUCAUGCUAAUUGCUAAACAAGAUAUACAAACUAUGAACAAAAUAAAACAAUCACUUACUGUACAAUAUCUGCUCUCACUGGGAUGCCAACUGAUGGGAUGUUUAUAUCUUCCCGUUUAGAUGACGAAUUAAUCAUAGUCCUCACAAAGGGUUUAAAAAAAUGUUCCACAAACCAGCGUCUUUUUGAGUUUUUCUCACCAUCUCCAGGUUAAGUUGGAUGUCAAAGUUGACCAACUUGUCGGUUUAUGUCCACAGCCUUCUACUAUCCAGGUGAGAGGCAUGAUUUAUAAUCUCGAUUUAACUUUCACCAACUCAGAGGCGAUGCAGCCGCUCAAUAUGUCAAUAUAGCAACAUAAAGUUGUUAGCUCUCUGUGACUAAUGCGCGGUGUUACUAAAAGUAGUUCCUCUGUGUAGGCACUUAUAGUAACAAUAUCACUAAUACUUGGUUAAUAUUUAGGUCACAUAUAUAAUAUAAAUGGAGUGUUGUCGGCGUUUUUUUAAUGUUUUUAAAAAGUUUUAUGGGCCGAAUAGUGUACUCCAAUUAGCUGCAUUGUUAGUCACCUCGUACUUGCCAUAUUUUACGACUUAGAAUGCAUAAAAAGACAUAUGUGCUCUUGUCUAACAUAUAGAUUGUGAAUGAUGGACACAAUUCCCCUUUAAACCGAAGCAGAGUCCCACUAACCUGGUCCCAGUCUCUGACCUGGACCAAUCCCACAGUGUCCUCAGAGAAGAGAUGCUCUGACGUUUGUCGCAGCUCCACCAUCACCUUGCCGUCACCUGACAGAGACACGCAUGGACGUCAGCCUACGUCGCCAUGGCCUCACCUGUUCGCAUGAGUGCUACCACCUAGCAGCACCAGCAGAACUGCAGAGAAGGCUUGACUCAGCGCUUUGUCUCUCGCCAUCCUGUGUAGCUUACGGCGCGUCUGC